UUUCAAAUACUCUCUCACCAGGAAGAAACAAUUGAAGGAUAAGCAGGUGCUGAGCUGUCCAAUUCGCAACUAACACGUGGCAAGAAUAACUCAAUUAAAAAUCUUUAAUGAUCUUGAUUUCCCUCCACAAAAAUAACGGAAAAACUUAAGUGUAUUGCAAAAAUUGAAGAUUCAAUUUCCGAACAAUGGCGACGACUGAAAUUGCAGCGUUAGUGUUAGGGUUUCGAUUCAUCCAAUUCCCGGCGUUAUCAUCCUUAACCAACCGAAAUCAAUGCAGUACACUAUCUUGCGAUUCUCUUCCUUCGAUUCGAAAAUCCUCUUGUUUUCGCAUUUAUUCUUCAUCAUCUCUUACAAAUGAAGUAGUUAAAUUUACUGAAGAUGAAAAUCGACUCGUUGAAGCUCUUAUUGGAAUUGAGGGACGAGGUUCCUCUGCUUCUCCUCAGCAGCUCAAAGCAGUGGAACGUGCAGUUCGAAUUCUUGAAGAUUCUAUAGGUGUUCCUGACCCGACAAGUUCUAGUUUGAUUGAAGGUCGGUGGCGAUUAAUGUUCACAACAAGACCUGGAACUGCUUCUCCAAUUCAGAGAACAUUUGUAGGGGUUGACUUCUUCAGUGUAUUUCAAGAGGUAUAUCUACGAACAAAUGAUCCAAGAGUGUCCAAUAUUGUUAAAUUCUCAGAUGCUGUUGGCGAGUUAAAAGUAGAGGCUGUGGCAUCAAUUAAGGAUGGAAAGCGAAUUCUUUUUCGGUUUGAUAGGGCAGAUUUUUCUUUGAAAUUUUUACCAUUUAAGGUUCCGUAUCCGGUACCGUUUAGGCUUCUAGGUGACGAAGCAAAGGGUUGGCUAGAUACAACUUAUUUGUCAAAUUCUGGAAACAUACGUAUUUCAAAGGGGAACAAGGGAACCACUUUUGUUCUCCAAAAGGAAAUUGAACCUAGGCAGGAGCUGCUUUCUGCAAUUUCUUCUGGGAUUGGCGUAACAGAGGCAAUUGAUAAGCUAAUUUCCACAGCUGAAGAUAAGGAGGGCGAACCUCAUCUUCUAGAAGGAGAAUGGAAGUUGAUCUGGAGUUCUCAGAUGGAAACAGACAGCUGGUUGGAGGAUGCAGCCAAUGGUCUAAUGGGUUCACAGAUAAUCAAGAAAGAUGGGCAGCUGAAGUUUCUGGUGGAUGUUGUACUCGGCAUCAAAUUUUCCAUGACCGGCACAUAUCAGAAAACUGGAAGCAAGCUAUAUGAUCUCAACAUGGAUGAUGCAGCAUUAAUAGCUGGUGCAUUUGGACUUCCGAUUGAAAUGGAAAGAAUAUUAAACCUCGAGCUUCUGUAUACAGAUGACAAGAUCAGAAUCACGAGAGGAUACAGAAAGAUUAUAUUUGUUCACCUGCGUGUUAACAGUUCAUAGGUGGGAAUAAGCCAGAUUUUCAGAUUGUGACAUUGAACUUGAAGGAGCUCCAGUGAGGUUCAUACUUGUCUAUAGAAAUAGUAAAUAAGAUUUUAUGACAAUGAAUUUUUUUUCUUGUAUCAUAGGUUGUUUAUAUGACUAUAUAAUCAUAUACUCCUCCCAUUAUUCGGAAAUAGUUCACAUUGUGCCA